GUUUAGUAGUCGCGCUAGCUGUCGGCUGUUUCGGCUUAUCGGCUGCAUGUGUGAACUCGCAGCAGCUUCUUCUUUACGGCGGUGAUGGACCCGAUCCGUGUGGCGACGGUGGGCGUUCAAGCCGACAUGCUUGAUAGCCCCGACGACGUUUCAGAUGAGGAAAUCUCUGUUGGACCUAUUGGAUCGCCGUGUCACGGUUCACUUGUGAUGGAUGGCUGCGAAACAGCGUACCUUAGCGAUAAUAGCAUCGAAGAGGAGGUGGUCGUGGUGGCUGACAAUACCAGCGACUCACUGUCAGCCAUGGACAGUCUCGAUUCACCAGGCAGCAGCAGCAGUCAGGAGAUGGCUCCUUCCUACUUCUUGGCUUCGUGCGGCCCCGAAGAGAAGCGGCUCACCUUUUCUCAGCAGCCAACACUCUUUCUGGCAGCUCAGGGUGAAAGCAGCAACCGGUCACUGGAUCCAGGUAUUCCUCUCGUCAACCUUAAUGAGGAUUUGUCCCAGCCCACCACGACAACGUCUGUGACUGAUGUCAACCAGAACUGGUUUACUACAAAAGCGAUUAAGAAUAAUCUGCAUAUCAAAGGCCACUCCUGGAAACAAGGCAUGUUCUCCAAAGAAGAGACAGAAAUCCUUGAAAGCAAUAUACAGAAGUACUGUGAGGAGCGCGAUAUCAGCAGCCCAGCCACUGUGAUAUUUUCAAUGACCAAAGACGAGCGUAAGGAUUUCUACCGCACUGUGGCCAAGGGCUUGAACCGGCCCCUGUUCUCGGUGUAUCGCCGUGUCAUCCGCAUGUAUGACAACAAGAACCACAUUGGCAAAUACAGCUCUGAAGAACUGGACCAAAUCAAAGAGCUACGAGCAGCCCACGGGAAUGACUGGAGAUUUAUUGGAAGUAAAUUGGGUCGGAGUGCAGCAUCUAUAAAGGACAGGUGCCGACUCAUGAAAGAGAACUGUCGUCAAGGGGUGUGGGUAACUGCAGAAGAACGGCGACUGGCCGAGGCUGUGUAUGACCUCAGUGGAGCGUUGCCUGGAGAGAUGGUGAGCGGUGGUUUGUCAUGGACUGCUGUGGCAGAGCGUGUAGGCAGCCGUUCAGAGAAGCAGUGUCGGACAAAGUGGCUCAACUAUCUCAACUGGAAGGAGGCUGGCGGCACCAACUGGACCCGCGAGGAUGACCUCACACUCAUCAGAACGGUGUAUGCACUGCAAGUUUCCGAGGAGAGCAUGAUUGACUGGGUGGAGUUUGCAAAGGACUGGACCAGUGUUCGAUCUCCACAGUGGUUACGUGGGAAGUGGUGGAGUUUGAAGAGGUCCGUCCCAAAUGCUGGCAAACUAGCAUUUCGAGAGAUCUGCAGUUACUUGUAUGAAAACUAUUGCCCAAAGAUGGAGCUGCAGGAUGAAGGGGCGACCAGCUCGCAAACAACGCUCGACGAGCUCUCGCAGCAGCAUACGAAAAUUGUUGUACCUGGCGCACCUCUCAGGAUUCUUAAGGCUGCUGCACCACCACAAAUGCCAGGGAUAACAACUCUUCCCAUUGCUGUUGCCUCGGGUCUCACGGGAACAACAUUGCAGCCAGCGGCUCCCUUAACCCUGACAACAACGACAGAUGGCGUCUUGGAAGUUAUUCCACAGAAUUUUCAGCUUCCAUCAGCCCCUCCGCAAGCCAUCUUGCUCACCACGCCAGGCCCAGGCAGUAUUCCUAUUGCCACUUUACCUCCAGGGCAGAUCAUCAUACAGACACUUCCUACUGAGCCCCGUCAGGCUGCUGAAAGCGUCCUCGUGCAGAUGCACUUGCCACCUGCUGUUCCUCCUGCAGAACUUGUUGUCAACAGCAACACUAGUCUUGCGCCUGCAGAGCCAUCAUCUCCUCAACCUGACACUGUUUCCCUGGACACAUCAGACGUAGAUAGUUCAAGCUCAUAUGCCAUGUGUUGCAUUGAUGGAGAGGAAUUUCAAGUACAGGAGAUUCAUGACACCUCUUGUCUUGGUGAGGUGGAUGAUCCAUCUCUUGUGGCUAGUCAAAUGAGUGAACACAGAGCAGAGAGUGUCAUAUUAUCAGAUCCAAUGCUAGCUGGAAGCCCUGGUUUGUUGGGAUCUUCGUUGGACAUCGACAGCGAUAAAUCGCAUGUUGUGGAUGGUCUGGAAGAUACCUGAGUCAUUAUCGCAAGCCAUUACUUGGAGCUGUGGUGUUAGAAAAGCAUUUCUUACGCCACUCUCACAAACUUAUUUAUGAAUAGUGCUGAUAAAUAAAAUUAUGCUUUUCAAUGACA